UGUAAUGGAAAGGAGGAGGAUUUUAAGAUUAUCCGCAACAGAUGAUAUAUCGCGAGCAAGCGGCGUAUUUAACAAAGGUCAGGUGGGAAAUAUGAGUCCCUUACAUAAGCUUGCUGGUCUGUGGCCGAAGACCAACGAAAGGGAGAGGAUUGUGUUCCCGCUGAAAGAUUGUUUCCCGUAUAACAAAUUUCGCGAUUCGAUCGCUACCUUGUACCCAUGUAUGUACAAACAUAAGGUACCUAUGUUGGUACCAGAGCGAAUACUACUUUGACGUGUUACUCUAUGUAGGCUGGAGGGGUAUGCAAUACGCCAUUCAAUUGCAACCAAACGCGUUCCACAAUGCACCCGGACCAGCUCAGAAAUAGAAGACCGAUAUCAGUGGUGGUUGUAAUACGGUAUGCAAUUAGAAAUUACAUGCUGACUUUCUGUACUAACCGACAACGACUAAAUGGGAGGCGAUGCCGGUAGACGGGAUGAGACUUAUAUGAGCGAAGUCUACCAAGUCGUCUCGAAUCCAAAAAAUACUUUCGCGUUACUGUCAAGUUUACGUUAUUAUAAUGGCAUCGCCAGUUGAGAAACUCCUUCCUCCUCCAACCACAGUCAACGAUGAUCACAAGGUCUAUUCCUUUGGGGUCGCCUGUAUUGUUAUGGGUAUCGUUGGCUCCUCUAGCGUUUUGAGUCGUUUAUUUAUUAGAUAUCGCCACGGAAGCCUUGGGAUGGAUGAUUAUGCCAUGAUUUCAGCACUAGUUCUAUUCCUUAGCUGGAUGACUAUGGCGAGUUAUUUAUGCCUCAACGCUGGCGUAGGCAAGCCCCUCUGGGAGAUCACUAUCCACGAAUAUUCAAUGUGGCUCCAGGGUCAAAUGGCGUCAAUUUGGCUUUACCCGGCUAUGUCAGGGUCUAUUCGGACUUCCAUCCUAUUAUUCUACUUGAGAAUCUUCGGACAAGGAGACAAACGAAGUCGUGAUAUCAUACGGGCUCUUCUCGUCCUCCAAGGCAUCUACAUCGUUGCGUUUUCUAUUACCCCUGCAUUUGUGUGUCGCGACUUCAAUCAAACAUCGCCUUUUGUAUGGCGAGAUUACUGCUCUCUAGGUUACUUUACAAUCAUCCAGACAACACUCUACAGCGUCAGCCUCGCUUUCGAUCUCAUUUUAAUGGCAUUUCCAGCCUACCCCUUGUGGAAGGUUCAGUUGGACCGUGCAAAAAAGAUCAAAGCUAUAGCGAUAUUUAUUGUGGGUGCGGCUGCCAGCGUUGUCGCAGCCUACAAACUUGGUGUUUCUAUUGUCGAGUGGGUUCAUGUUGUACCCCCGGAUUCGCCAUUCUGGAAAUACCAGUUAUCAUUGUAUGUCCCCGGACAAUAUGACUCGUACGGACGGACUUUCUGGAUUCCGGCAACAUGCGAACCAACGAUUGCCUUGGUUGGAACGUCACUACCAGCUUUCCGACAGCUUGUUUCGAGUAUCAAGGAACGUUACUAUAAAGGGAUGAGUUUUAGGACGGAGUCUAGUGGGAUAUAUGUUAACAGUAAUGGGGAACAAACAAAAUUGGUUGAUUCCCAAACAUCAUCGAGACGAGGCCAAUUUGUUAUGCUUCGCGAUUCCAAUAUCGAACUCCAGGAACAAGGGGGAUCCCAACGGGAUUGGUAAAUUAUUUUAUAACUGUGUAACUCAAAAUUUAGAAUACAUUUUAAGACUUUCAACGCCACCAGAUCCAUUUGUCAGCAUAUCCCCUCUCCACCCAACAAUAUAUGUACUACGCCCUCAGCUCAUAUUCAAGAGCAGUCUACGUAUACAGGUUUUUACGUUACGCCGGAUGCCUCCUAUGCGUGCAUGUUGGCGCAAACAAAAUCAAGGAAACGUAGGCGUAGAAAUAAAAUAAACAUAACCACAUGGUACAAUCUAGUAAACUAGCGGUAAGUGAAAUGAAAAU